UUCUCUCCUGUUACCAUGCCAACAAGAAUUCAGGCAGUUAGGGGAAAGUGAAGAUUCUGAGCGCACGUAUUCUUUUGUCCUUGAGAAAAUUUACAUCUUUCCAAUCAGCUCUGAGCUCUGCAGCCCCUUCACCCUCCUCCUCUUCCUCAGCAGGCCGCUGCUGCUUCUCUGGCUCAUAAGUAUCACAUCGGUCAGCUGUGUUUGCAAUUACAACAGCUGCUCACAAAGUGAAUAAAAAUCUUCAGCUGCUAUCCGUCCUGCACCAACCAACAUGUCUGUUGAGGAAGAGUUCAAGAAAGUGGCAGACCAGGUGAAGAAUCUGAAAACGAAGCCUACGGAUGAUGAGAUACUGAUCCUGUACAGUCUGUAUAAACAGGCCAUGGUUGGAGACAUUAACAUAGACAAACCGGGGGUAACUGACCCAAAAGGAAAAGCAAAGUGGGAAGCUUGGGAAACCAGGAAAGGAAUGUCCAAGGCGGAUGCGAUGGCUGCCUAUAUCAAGCAUGCUAAGGAACUUUUCGGCAAAUAUGGGCAGUAAACUUUGCAAGAAUCUAAUAAAGUUAGACUAAUGCAAAAAAAAAAAAGACUUGCUGAUUUACUGAGACAGCGCUACUGUUUGCAUUCUGUUCUCGGAGGCAAUAAUUAUUAGCUUUUUAUAUUAUUUUACUGUAAACUAAUAUAAUUGAUAACCUUUAAAGAUGCAUAGUAGUUUAUCUUUGCUGAUUGUGGUUUACUUUAAUACAUUGCAUUGAUUUGUAACAUGGAUUAAAACAAAACAGAAAAAAAUGCUAUUAAAUGUUAACAUAAAUGAAAA